AUGGCACUGGAUGCACCACUGCUACAAAUUGAGACACUACAGAGUUGAUUCUAUAUCCUAUAACCCAAGGUUGUUGCGUUCCUUUGAGAAACAGAAUCUAAACAUUUUUAAGUGGUUUAGUGAAUGGAAACUCUGUUGUUGUGUAGGACUGUUAUUGGAUUCUGCUGUUUUGGAAAGCAAAUAGACUGAGAUGGUGAUGUCCAUAGACAAUGUGAGGGGCUUCGCACUGGCCACAUCAUCAAGUGCAUUUAUUGGUUCAAGCUUUGUGAUUAAGAAGAUUGGGUUGAAGAAAGCGGGGGAUGCUGGGGUAAGAGCAGGUUCUGGAGGAUACUCAUACUUAUAUGAACCAUUAUGGUGGAUAGGAAUGACAGCUAUGAUUCUUGGUGAGGUGGCCAACUUUGCAGCGUAUGCAUUUGCUCCUGCAAUACUCGUCACUCCUCUAGGAGCACUGAGCAUCAUAUUCAGUGCAGUGCUAGCACACUUUAUUUUGAAAGAAAGGUUGCAUAUGUUUGGUGUUGUUGGUUGCAUAUUAUGCGUUGUCGGUUCAGUUGGUAUAGUUCUACAUGCUCCAAAGGAGAAAAAGAUUGAUUCUGUUAACGAAAUAUGGCAUCUUGCAACUCAACCAGGUUUCAUAGUCUAUUCUUGCCUGGCGGUAGUUGUUGCACUUGUUUUAAUUUUCUGGGUCGUUCACCGGACCGAACAAAGGAAAAUGCUCGCAUAUAUUGCAAUUUGUUCUCUGAUGGGAUCUCUUACGGUUAUCAGUGUAAAAGCAGUGGCUAUUGCUUUGAAGCUCUCAUUUAAUGGAGUGAACCAAUUUAUCUACAUCCCAACGUGGUUCUUUAUUGUUGUGGUGAUUAUAUGCUGUUUAGUGCAGCUCAAUUACUUAAACAAGGCACUUGAUUCAUUCAAUACAGCUGUUGUUUCUCCUGUCUAUUAUGUGAUGUUCACCAUUCUUACUAUUAUUGCCAACAUGAUCAUGUACAAGGACUGGGCCUCUCAGAAUGCAACCCAGAUAGCAACUGAGCUUUGUGGGUUUGUGACAAUUGUUGCAGGAACUUUUCUUCUGCACAAGACCAGGGAUAUGGGAAACGAACAAUCUGAAUCACCAUCUCUGAGAGGAGAAUGUGAACUCCAGAAUCAUUAGCUAGUAACAUACGUCGUUGAACAUCUAACAUAUACAAUACCUUCUAGGAUCUCAACACAUGAUGUACCUUGGAGUCACUUAAAUGAUACUGAGUUAGCUCGUUGGAAAUUUAGGAUAUAUAUACAAGCAGAAUCAUAUGCUUUUCGCUGGAAUAUUUUGAUAGAUCAAUCAUGGAAAUGGUUGACCAUUUUGUUAGUUCAUGAAAAACUAAGUAAUUUUCCUUUGUAAAUAGAGUUUGCGAAACUUGUGUAAGUACGUGCUGUGAAAUGCCGAAGCAAUGGCUCAGCUACUCCUGUCGUCCUAUGUUGCAUAAGCCGAACCAUUUAUAAUAUCAAUGCAAUG